AUGCACGCAUUCUCCAUACUCACACUCGGAAUCUUUGUCGCAGGCUACUCGACUGCACGCUGGGACCUUGCGACUCGCCUGUACGAGCUUGCCAUAUUCGCUUGGGACCACGGAGUCAUCACAAGGGCUGCGAAGGGCUUUGGAUUGUUGACCGUGGUCUUCGUCGUACUGGUCCUUCCGUUCGCACACCUCGCAGCACAAGAGACGGAGCUGCAUCCUCGAAUUGCAGGCACCGGCAUCUCUGCGCGCGAGCAGCUCAAGCGGCGCGGAUCGUUCUAG